GUGCAAUGAGCUAAUGGCGUAACCGACACCGCGAGGCCCUGAAACCUUGGCCUCGAGUAUUCGUAAGAGUCGUGAUCGCACCGAUUCUACCGCUCGCAUCGGUGCACGCUCGCUCGCGCGCGCGCGUUCUCCAAAACACGUCUAAAUCCGCGCGAGCGAGUGACGUGCUCGUCGUUCUCGACGACGACAUGUCGUUCCUGUUGAGUCGAGGCGGCCGAAAAGGGCCCAUCAUCUGCUUCGCCGGUCUCCUCUUGAUCUUCGCCCUCUAUCAGCUGGGAAUCAUUUGUGGAUCGAUGAAGUACGCGCCCACUGCGAUGAUGGUUGCGAAAGAGAAAUACGUGGUUGGCCCUUUCGAUCACAAGAGAUACACCUACGAUCGUUACAUGCCGCUGAUCUUCAUUGGCGGGGUACCUAGAUCGGGCACCACUUUGGUGCGAGCCAUGCUUGAUGCGCAUCCUGAUGUCAGGUGCGGCCAAGAGACUAGGGUGAUACCACGGAUCCUUCAGAUGAGGAUGCACUGGCUCAAGUCCGAGAGGGAGAACCUCAGGCUUUCGGAAGCGGGUAUUUCGAAAGAGGUGAUGGACAGCGCGAUAGCAGCUUUCUGCCUGGAGAUAAUAGCGCGACACGCGGAGCCGGCGCCGAGAUUGUGCAACAAGGAUCCCCUCACUCUGAAGAUGGGCUCUUACAUUCUCGAUCUCUUCCCAAAUGCCAAGUUUAUCUUCAUGAUCCGCGACGGCCGUGCCACCGUGCAUUCCAUUAUCUCUAGAAAGGUGACCAUAACGGGAUUUGAUUUAUCGUCCUACCGGCAAUCGCUGAUCAAAUGGAAUCACGCGAUUUCCAUCAUGUACGGACAAUGCAAGGAAAUAGGAACGGACAAGUGUCUGAUGGUUCCGUACGAGCAACUGGUGCUACAUCCGCGUCAAUGGAUGAAGAAGAUUCUCAACUUCCUCGAUGUUCCUUGGAACGAAUCCGUAAUGCAUCACGAGGAAUUCAUUAAUAAACCAGGCGGUGUUCCGCUGAGCAAGGUCGAGAGGUCGUCGGACCAGAUCAUAAAGCCGGUUAACCUGGAGGCAUUGACCAAGUGGGUGGGCCACAUUCCGGACGACGUGGUUAGAGAGAUGCCUGACAUCGCGCCGAUGCUUUCUGUGCUCGGCUAUGAUCCUUAUGCUAAUCCGCCGGUGUACGGAGCGCCGGACAGGCUGGUUAGCGAAAACACGAGACGAGUACUGGCGAAUGGAGAAGUUUGGGCAGCCAGGGCACGUCAGUUCUCUCUGGAGAAGCUGAUAGAGCUGAACAAAGAGGACGAGGCUACCAACACCCCAAACGCGUGACCUCGGAUACAUGUUCCCUUAGGUACGCGGACUUUGAACCUGUACAAUAUCUGUGACAUCUAACGACGGACCUGGAACAGCCAGUUUCUAACAAAUAACCAGCUGCACGGACGAGCGACGAGGGAGCAUUUUUCAUCGGAAGAUCCUUCUCGAGCUCGAGGAGUCGCGCUCGACCUUUCCCUGAAGGGAUUCGAGAACGGCCAACUAUCUGGCGAACAACAGGGACGCGUCUAGUUUAAGAUUGAGCGCCGAUCGAGCCUUGAAUGUCGAUCAACAGGCGUUGUUGGCUGCUGCGCGUGGCAACCGAUCGCGAAAAUGGUUGUUCUCUCUGUAUAUUUUAAUCGAUAAUCGUUUUACUUGGAUCCGUACUGUGUACCUAAUCGUUCACGAUUACGUUGCGCGUCUUAGCUUCGUUCGUUCGGAGUUUCGGAUUCGCAUACGCGGAAGAAAGCAUGAGAAAUUCAUUGGCGUAACUAGAGUUAUCAGUGCACCUGACUCUCCCUCUCAAGUAAAUGAUAUGGACUAGCCCUUUUCAUGAACCAUUUGGUAGGACGUAGGAUACUUCAUGUCGUAGGUAGGAUGCCUUAAAUCUUCGAAUUCUGACAUUUACAAGUUCCCGAAAGUCACUUGAUUAUGUAGGUGUGGCAUUAUUGCCGUUAUUAAAAGACCUAGCGUAACGAAAAUCCUAUUUACGCCAAUGAAGAGAUUCUAAUCGCUGCUGUUUUAUUGCCUUCUUCAUGACACCUUAUCGAGCGAAAAAUUAUUCAUGACUAUUUUAACGCUAAGUUAAUUGUGGAGUUCUUAAUUAUCGACGAUUCACUUAUAACCCAAAAGUGAUAAAACAAGAUAAAAAAUAAAAUUCAGUGUAUUAUAAUUACAAAACUAUUUAUAAUACAUGGAUUAAUUAUACAUUUUACUUUUUUAUUAAACUGAUCGUGUGAAUGAUAGACAAGGUGUAAAAAUUUUAUUACGGAUGAGAAUCAUCGGAUACAUACUAUGUCGGAACAGCUUCUCUACAGUUUCACUCGAAUGGCCAGUGAUAAAAAUACAGGUUACGGAGGUACAAAGUAAAAACUGCAUAAAUAUGCAGGGGGGAGCUAUAUGUAAUGUAAUUUCCCUUUCCCUGGUAUCCGCGAUUUCUGUGCGCUUUGUUAUAACAAAUCUGACAAAUAUUGAGAAUAAUGCGAGUAAGAUUUUGUACUAUAUUUGGUAUCUUGGUGAAAAUGAGUUUUUCUGUUGUGUUCUGUAUGAAAGGAAAGUAUGACUUCACGUAUGGUACUUAUUAUUGCAGGUUAAUUAAACUGAAACUCGCCAGUUGCCUGAUUGCUUACCAACUAAAUUGUCUUUUAAAUAAGGACCACCUACAAAAUUGGAAACUUUGUAUUAUUAAAUAGUUGACUGGCAACAAAAUUAUUCCAUUUAUUUUAACGUUACAGACGUGUUUAUGAAUCGGCUAUAUGCGAGAGAAAUUAUAUUUAUACGCUAUCGAGACAUGUAAAAAUGUGAAUUAACGUUUGAGAACUAUCUACCUAAGAUCUGACAAGCCGUUUACUCGGUUUACGUAUCUGUUAUCGAUUGUCAAUAAACGACGUGCAACUAAUGUUGCUGCAACGGUAUUAAGAACAGUGUUAUUAGGUUUUGUCAAGUGACGCCUGAUAUAAAUGCGACAACUUCGAUGUGGCAUUAUAUCAUUUGUGUCAACUAUACUUAUGUCUGUCGAAUUAUAUGAUUAAAUUAUUUUAAUAUUAU